AUGAACUGGCAAUAUAAACAGGAACAUUCUCUUGAGCAACGUCGAUUCGAAUCUGAACGUAUUCGUAGACGUUAUCCCGAUCGUAUUCCUGUUAUUGUACAACCUUUAUUAACAUCUUCAUCUUCGUCCUCAUCAUCCUCAUCGAUUUUCACUACAUCAUUAUUUCAUUCAUUUCCGUCGUCGUCAUCUUCAUCGUCAAUGUCAUGCAACGAAGCACCAUUAACACGCCUGGAAAAUGAAAAAUUUCUGGUGCCAUCUGAAUUAUCAUUUGGCCAAUUUGCUUAUAAUAUCCGACGACGUUUACGCUUACGAGCCGAACAUGCACUAUUUUUUUAUAUUGGUUUAUAUGGUAAACAACCAAUAUUAAGUUCUACUAUGGAAAUAUUAUACAAUGAACUUAAAGAUUUAGAUGGAUUUUUGUAUGUAUGUUAUGCAGAUGAAAAAGUUUUUGGAUAA